AUGAAGCUGCAAUAUUUGUUGGCUUCGCUAAAAGGAGAUGCUGCCAGGUUAUUCAACCACGUAAAGCUUGUAGAAGGAAACUACAACAGUACGUGGCAAGCUUUGUUGGAUCGGUUUGAUGAUGCGAAGAUGCUGAAACGGGACUAUUUCAAGGCGUUGGUGGAUCUGCAACCGAUGGCUGCCGCAACGGCGGAGGAAUUGACUCGUAUCGUCAACGAGUCGAAGCGCUUAGUGCUUGGGAUGGACAGAUUGCAGGAGCCUGUAUCUUCCUGGGAUACACCAUUAUCAGUCUGCCCGUUCGAAGCGUUUUGUGAGCAGAAUAGUUUCGGUGGUGGAUGGCUAGUGAUUCAGUACCGCUUCGAUGGAUCCUUGGACUUCUAUCGGAAUUGGACGGAAUAUCGGAAUGGAUUCGGGUCACCUUAUCAAGAGUACUGGCUCGGAUUGGAGCGUUUAAAUCAACUAAAAUCGCAGGGACGCUAUGAGCUGCUGGUCGAACUGAAGGGAUUCAAUGGUACUUACAGCUUUGCUCAAUAUGAUGAGUUUGAGAUCGGAAGUGAAUCGGAGAAAUAUUCUCUGAAGAAACUAGGAGCCUUUAGCGGAACUGCCGAAGACGCGUUGAGUCGGCAAAAAGGAAGGAACUUUAGUACAAAAGACAGGGACAAUGAUAUAGCCAGCGAAGAUUGUGCCGCUAUUCGCCAUGGUGGUAUGACAAUUGUGCUGACUCAAAUCUGA